AUGUCGUCCAACAACAACGCCCACCAGCAACAACCCAACCAACCCGGCCUCAUCGGCGGACACGCCGAGUACAUCAAAGGCGUAGCCGAAAGCACCGUAGGCAGUGUCACAGGCUCCCACGCCUGGACGACGUCGGGCGAGCAGGACAAGGCCCACGCACAGGCGUCGUUGCGCGCCGCGACCGAGAACCGCGACCCCGCCGCCAGCGGGUACGGCAAGGCCGAGGAGGUCGCCGGCAGGCUGACGGGGUGCGAGGGCAUGAAGAAGGAGGGGGCGGCGAGCAGGAAUAAGCGGUCGUCGUAG